AUGGUGGAUGCAGCACUAGUGUUUACUCUAGAUGACCUUAGCAAUGCCGCACGUAAUGGUGAUAUUUCAUUCUUCGAGUCUCUCUCCAGAAAAAUACUUUCUAAAGUUAUCAAACUCCGCGAUAAAUCUGGCGCUUCUCUCCUCCACCUUGCCGCUGUCAAUGGUCACUGUCAGCUGCUGAAAAUUCUAAUAGAUGCUGAUCAUGGAAAGACUUUGAUCCAUGAUAAAGACAAUGAGGGUUAUGGCAUCGUUCAUUUCGCUGCUCUUAGUGGCCAUCUUGAUAUUGCUCGUUUUGUCAUUGACAAUGGAGCUGAUAUCGACGUGGUAAAUUAUCUUGGUGAAACUGCUCUUCACCUUGCUGCUAUUGAUAUUAACGGUACAGAAGUUGCUAAAAUGUUGGUUGUUCAUGGUGCAGACGUCAAUGCCAAGGACAAGUUUGUUUACAAUGCACAUGUAGUAUGGUGGUUGAUACUUGAAAAUUUAUCUCAGUUUGGGAACACGCCAAUGCAUCGUGCAGCUAGCACAGGAAACUUAGAGUUGUGUAAAUUCUUGAUCCAAUAUGGAGCUGAGAUCGAUGCCCUUGACCGAUCUGAGAUUACUCCUCUGAUGGUUGCUGCCCUAGCAAACCAUAAAGAGGUUGCACUUUAUCUAACCAGAAGUGGAGCAAUUUGGGCGGGAUUGAAUGAAGCUGAGGAAGGCUAUAUGACGGUUCUGGAGCGAUGUUCAGAGGAUGUUACAGAUGCAAUUCUUGAAACUUUAAAAGAGAUGGGUAUGAUUGUUGAUCAUGUGAGACGGGCUUCUUCGUCAUUGGGAUGA